UUAGAGACCGAGGCUAACGACUGUCUGGUGUUUUCUCCCUUUUUACUUACAAAUAGAUGUAAAAUAAUGAAUUUUACCCGCUCUUCGGUUCGCGGCAUUGAAGCGCUGCCCAACACAAGGAAAGUCCCUGGAACCCAAGCGACCUAAACACGCAGGGCUGGGGAGUAAUCGGAACAAAAAUGUCCAGAGAAAACCUGCUGCAGGUUCAGGUUCCAGAGAGAGAUUACAUCGUUUUGCCAGCUCCGUUAGUUGCGAGAAGCCAUGUGCAAAUUAUGGAUGAUCGUUUAUCCAACCAGGAGAAAACCACCGCAACACUUCUAGAACAGGCUUUUCGGAUAAAAGACGACUUCAUUACUUAUUUGAGGGGAAACCAAGGCAACCUCACAAUAGAAAGAGCAUCCCAACAGCUGUUAGAAAACCACAUUCAAGUUAUAACCAGUAUCCUCAAACAACUCAGCACUGACAUGGAGAUCCUCGAACAACAGAUUAAAACAAGAGAUAGUGUGACUGCAGGAACUAACUAUGCUGUUCUAAGUCUGGAUCAUAAGCAUUUGGCUGGUAUUGGGGACCUGCGUGGAAGAGUUGCCAGGUGUGAUGCCAGUAUCUCCAAGCUUGCUGGUGAUGUUAAUGCAAUCAGUUGUGAUAUACAGAAAGCAAAGAAAGAAAUUCAGGAUACUAAGACUUCUCUCAAAUUUCAGAUGAAAGAAUUUGAAGCAAAGGUGAUGCAACUACAGAUGAAAGUAGACAACUCUAAAUCUGAACAAAGUACAAAACUCAAGACUGUAAGAGGAGAGCAACAACAUGAACUUCAGAUUCUAGAUUUCAAGAUUAAUGCUGCACUGACUGAAGUACAUGCGCAGAUGCAGCACCAGCAGGAAUGGACAGAGCAUAAACUGGAUAAAACACAGAAUGAACAAGGACAGCGCGUGGAUCACUUAUUACAUCUCAUGCAAGAGAAAACUGAUCUUGUAGAGAAGAAAAGACUGGAGAAACUUAAUCACAUUUCUGUGAGACUAGAAAAAUUAGAAGACAAACAAAGUUUGGAAGCUGAAUUAACCAGAAAGAAAUAUUCUGACACAAAGAUGAAUGAAAAACUUGCCAAAGUGGAGAAGAAUAUUUGGCAUGAGUUGGAGAGCAUAAAGGACGAAUACAGGGAAGGAUUUCAAUCCAUCAAGGAAUCAAUCAAUUCACUGAAUAAAAUCAGUGACAAGAAGAUAAAAAUGGACAAAGAGAAGGUUCAGAAAGACUUAAAACAAAUCAGACGGCAUAUAAAUGAUCUUAAAAAUUAUCCAGCAAAUUCUGUAAGACCUAAUUGAUAUCUUCAGCAAACCAUUUGAGUCUUUCAGAUGUCAUUUGCACAGCCUGUCGGCUUUGAGCUUUGCAUUUAUCUUGGUUCCAACAGCAAAAUAUGCUGCAAAAUUAAUAAUCAAACCUGGAUGGAUCAUGUACCCCUAAAAUGAAUGAAAUAAUGAAUGUCUUUCUGAUAAUAGACAAUAGUGCA